AUGGCUCUAAAAGAGAUGGGAAGUGAAGAGGGGAAGGAUCCAUGGAAAGGAGAAGAAUGGGGGAAUGAGAAUCAGACGAAGAAGAAGCCAAUCUCUGGAGCUAAAAUGGUGACUAGAGCCAGAAAACAGAUCCCGAGGGGACUUGAGGAGAAGUACGAAGCUUACUUCCUCCCUAGGAAGCCUUGGCCUAAGGCUCUUGCCUUCUAUGGAAGCUUUGUCCUUGGUGGCAUCGGUGCUGGUAUGCUUAUCGAGGCUUGGAUCAACAACAAAGUCAAAGAGGAUGGAGGAGUGAUAUGGGAGUUUGACAAGUGA